AAAAGCAAAAAGCGUCUAGUGCGUCGUUGCCGAUCAUCGUUGACCGGAUCGCGACCAGUCUCGUCGCUUUGCACGUACAGACGAUAGGAGAAAGCUCUCGGAGACGGGCGCGCGCGUAACUUUCGCGCCACAAGCCAUGGCCAGCAAGGUAGCGGGAAAGAUCUGCUGGAAGAGAGUCUGCGGGACGAGAUCGUUCGAGAUUCCGAGGCGAAAAAUCGGCACGUCGGUAGCAGCGUCCGGCGCAGCGUCGAAAACGCAAUUGGAGUCCCUUGACCGCGACAAGCCAUUCAGAACGACAAUGAGUAUCGAAGUUGAUCCUUACCUUAGACACCUGUUCGAUGCCGAUCCGGCCCUCAACGUCUACAACAGCAGCAUCGUGAAUCUGUCGGUGGGGGCGCCGGGACCGGAUCUCCUCAAGCAGUGCAACACUCUGCUGGCCACAGCGACCAGGCAUCGUUUGGAAGAGGAGGAGAAAGAGGGCAAGUACUAUCUCUUCCAGUACGGAAUCACCUCGGGGCUGUGGGAGUGCCGUGAGGAGCUGGCCAAGUUCCUGACACGGCGAUACGGCGACCCGGUGGCCCGAGAGGACCUGAUACUCACGUGCGGCGCGACCCACGGCCUGCAGCUCAUCCUGACGAGCGUCAUGGCGCCCGACGGCGUCAUCUUCGUCGACGAGGUCACCUACAUGAUCGCCCUCGACGCCUUCAAGCAGUUCCCCCUCAAGCGGGUCGUCUCCGUGCCGAUGAAGAACGACGUGGUCGACCUGGACGAGCUCGAGAAGCUGGUGCAGGCGGAGAGGCACAAGAGCUACACGCUCAACGAGAACAAGAUAUUCUGGGCCAUGUACUACACGGUGCCGACCUUUCACAACCCCACGGGAAUGACCCUGACACCCGACAUGUGCAAGAGGGUCGUGAAAAUGGCACGGGACAACGCCUUCGCCGUGGUUUGCGACGACGUCUACAAUCUUCUUCAUUACAACAACGAAUAUCCACCGCACAGACUCUUCAAUUACGACGAUUCGAAGGAUCCGGACUACACCGGUGGAAAUAUCAUUUCGAACGGGUCCUUUUCGAAAAUUCUGUCGCCGGCCUUGAGAGUCGGCUGGAUCGAGUGCGGCCCUAGAGUUGUAAAUAUUUUGAAAAAUUCAGGUAUAUUGAAGAGCGGAGGAGCCGUCAAUCAUUAUGUGUCAGGACUAGUUGCGAGUCUUUUGCACCUUAAAUUAGAAGAUCGGUAUUUAGAUAGUCUGAUAGAGACUUACAAGGGGAGAAUGAAAGCACUGUGUGACGUACUGGAUGAACAUUUGCCAAAUUAUUGUUCGUACAAUCAUCCUGAAGGCGGAUACUUUGUGUGGAUAAAAUUGCCUGAAGACAUUGAUGCUCUUCCAUUCAUGGAGUGGUGCAAGCAGGUCUACAAAGUAAUGGCAAUACCUGGAGCUAGAUUUUCCAAUCACGGCGAAUCAAAAAAUUGUAUAAGAAUCAGUAUUGCUUUUCACUCCGCUGAGACUAUAGCCAAAGCUGCAACUAUCAUGUGUAAUGCCAUUACAGAAUACAUGAGAGAUAAAAGUGUAAAGACAAAUUUGAACAUGUGAAUCUUUAAGAUGUAAAAAUGUAU